AUGGUCUUCGGUGUCCCCCGAUCCCAGGCCUCUGGCGGUCUGUUCAGUCGACCUGCUGUCCAACCUACAAACCCUCACAUCUGUGGACUCUACUACAUCGAUCUGCAGCGUCAUGACCAACUUGCACGGCGUUAUCUUCCCACACUUUCCCAGUCGGUACACGCUCGCAUCAUUGCAUUGACCUCUCGGACAACUCUCACCCAGACCUUUGUCAACCCUUCAUCGACCGCACUUAUCCCCGAGCUUCGAUACACCUUUCCCCUGUACGACGGCGUUUCCGUAGUCGCCUUCACCUGCACGAUCAACAACGAUCGUGUCAUUCGUGGCGUCGUCCAGGAGAAGAACGCCGCCCGCAAGACGUACAACCAGGCGGUUGCCGACGGUCAGACAGCCGGCCUUCUGGAGCAACUACCCGACGCAAGUGAUGUCUUCACCACAACCAUCGGCAACGUACCCGCUGGCGCCGAGAUAGCGGUCGAGAUUGAGUAUCUCGGCGAGCUGAAGCACGAUGCCGAAGUUGACGGCAUCAGGUUCACGAUUCCUACUUCUAUCGCACCACGAUACGGAUCCUUCCCCGGCGAGUUGCUGGCCAAGCCCACCAAUGUCUCUGCAAAGGAUGGCAUCCAAAUUGUAGUCGAUGCCGAGGUGCCGGCGGGCAGCGUCAUUAGGUCGAUUCAGUCACCCUCGCAUCCCAUCUCUGUUUCAGUUGGGUCGACAUCCACCAUGGACCCCAACGCUACACCAUCCCUCCAGCUCGCGAGUGCCACUCUUUCCCUGGGGACUGCUCAGCUGGAACAUGACUUCAUCGUUCAGGUCAUUGCGACAAACACCUCCAAUCCUGUCGCGGUCCUCGAGACCCACCCCACCAUUCCUCACCAGCAGGCUCUCAUGGCCACGCUUGUGCCCAAGUUCAAGAUUGCUGCCACCAAGCCCGAAGUCGUCUUCAUCUGUGAUCGCUCUGGGUCCAUGCAGGGAAACAAAAUGGACGACCUCAAGAACGCUCUUAGAGUCUUUAUGAAGUCUCUACCUGUCGGCUCCAUGUUCAAUAUUUGCAGUUUUGGUUCAAGUUUCAGUUUCUUGUUCCGAAAGUCCGUGACGUACGACCAGAAUACCCUGGAAACCGCGAUGCGUCAUAUUGACACCUUUGACGCCAACUACGGAGGCACUGAGAUCUAUAACCCCAUCGAAGAAACCUUUAACCGCCGCCACACCGACCUCGAUCUUGAAACUUUCGUCCUCACUGAUGGUGAAGUUUGGAACGAAGUUAACAUCUUCGGCAUGGUAGAGAGAAUGACUCGUAGCUCCAAGGGCGCGAUUCGUCUCUUCACUCUGGGCGUGGGCAGAGAUGUCAGCCACUCUCUCAUCGAAGGCCUCGCUCGAGCUGGCAACGGCUUCUCGCAAUCAGUCUCGGAGAAUGAGAAGAUGUCCGGCAAGGUCGUCCGCAUGCUCAAGGGUGCGCUUACUCCCCAUGUCAACGACUAUGCUCUGGAAGUCAAGUACGCCGAUGCCGAGUCUGAGACGGAGGCUGAAGACGACUUUGAUGUGAUCGAGCCCGAAGAUGCGGCCCGUGAAGAUACUACCGACAAUAAAAGAGCCGAGAAGACGAAACACCCAAUCUCUCUCUUUGAUACAAGUUCAGACGACGAUGUUGCAAUGGAAGACGCCCAGCCGCAAGAUGACACCACUGGCGUAGAGCGAUACUCCCAUAUUCCGACAGUCAAGCCACCCAAAAUCCUUCAAGCGCCCUUCCAGAUUCCGCCUCUUUUCCCUUACAACCGCACCAGCGUCUACCUUUUGCUUUCUCCUGACAGAGAGCUGAGAUUCAAGACCCCGGAGUCUUUGAUCCUGCGCGGGACUUCAUCCCAGGGUCCUUUAGAGCUCCGAAUCCCCAUCACCAUCCUUGCAGACAAGGCAGAGACGAUUCAUCAGCUCGCAGCUCGUAAGGCUGUCAAAGAAUUGGAAGAAGGCCGUGGUUGGAUCUAUCACGCCAAGGAUAGAGAUGGAAAUCGUCUUCAACCGCAACACCCAGGCCGUUUCCCCGGCAUGGUGGAGCGAGAGGCCGUCCGACUCGGCAUCCAAUUCCAGGUUGGAGGCAAGUGGUGCUCCUUUGUUGCCGUCGAGCACAGAAAGACUGGCGAGGACAAGGGCCCCGAUGCCGUCGAUGCAGACCAAGCCAAAUCUAGGAUGCACGAGUUGGAUUCGACCCAGAGAAGAGAGGCGAGGACAAGGGUGGGUUGGGGCGGAAUGCCUCGUACGGCCCAGUCUCAGGCCAGGUCUCCAGCUUUCUCCUAUGGCUCUGCUGGCAUGAUAAGUCAACCUGCAGCCGGCCUUUUUGGCACCGCUCCCACAUCAGCCGUAUCCGCACAUCAAAGAUCAGAUGGUUUAAGAUCAGAAAGGUCAGUCUUCGGGCGUCCAAACCCAGCGGCUUCCUCAAAUCCAUUUGCACCGUCUAGUGGCGGAAGUGUGUUCGGCGUGCAGCCUUUCUCCUACAAUCAACAACAACAAUCCACAGCAACUGGGGCCUUCGUCGGAAGCUUGUUCGGCCAGCCCACGGCGCCUGGGACCUCGGGCGGAGGCUUGUUCGGCCAGUCUACGGCGCCUGCGAUUUCGGGCGGAGGCUUAUUCGGCCAGCCCACAGCCCCUGUACCAGCGCCUACACCAGCUGCAGGUGGCCUCUUUGGCUCAAAUCCAUCUAGGACUGUAAGUCCAUUCGGGGCCGGCCCAGCAAGUGCCAAAUCAUCCGGAGGUCCUCACGUCUUCGGUGGGAAUGGAUCCGGCGGAGGUUUGUUUGGUCAACCUCGGGUCACUAGCCCCGUGUCCUCCAUGCCUCAGAGUGGAGGUCUCUUUGGCAGCGCACGACCAACUCCCCAGUUGUCUGGAAGUGGUGAGCCUCUCGGCGUCCAAGCUGCCGCGCUGGCUCCUCCCACGACCGAGGUGAAUGAGGCUUUACUGGAGCUGUUCAACCGGGAGAUGUCUGAAGCUUCAUGCAUGUCUCUCCCUGACGACAUUUCCGACGAUGAUUGGGAAUCAGAAGCUCCUCCGACUGGAGCAGCCGUUGCGGCGCCAAUUAUUAGCAGCCUGCUGUCCUCUGCGGCUGAUAAAUUCCCUGCUAUUGUUUCGCUCCAGGAGUUCAGCGGCAGCUGGGACCCUUCAGAGGCGCUAUUUACUAUUAUUGGCGUCACUCUGGAUUCAGUCAAGGAUGCUUUGCACACUGUUGGUGUUGAUGACGAGAGAGUCAUGUCUACCUCUGCAGUUAUUAACUACCUGCGCAAGAAGCUGACGAAGGAACGGGACAGUUGGGAGAUGAUGGAGGAGAAGGCUGUUGCUUGGCUAGAGGGGGAAUUAGGCGAGGAAGCGACUCAGAAAGUUUUGGCUAUUACAGAAGGCCUUUUCUAA